GUGUACAGUACUUCCUCCGCCCCGGCGCCGCCGCAACCCGCGUCACGCUGCUCUUACGCGUCGCCAGACGCCCAGCCCAGACGGCGACGUGCGCAUCAAGCUCCCUCCAGUCUCCCCUGCGCCCGCGCCCUCCUCUUCAGCGCUUCGCCUAAUCGCCUCUCGACGACCUCUCGCCUAUAUAUAAAAACUACUAGACGAGGGGAAGCUUCUCUCCUCCGCCUUAUCCCGCCGUCGUUUUCUCAGGCCCUCCUACUCGCGGUCGCGGGCGAGCCCCCCGUGCCAUGGGCGUAGCACCAGCAGUGGCUUCGUCUGAGCUUAGCCGUUAGCCCUCGCUUCCAGCUUCCGCUUCUCCGUUGUAGCUGCCUACGCGCCCGCUUCCAGUGGAAGGGCCGCAAUGGACGAGGAGGUCGGCGCCGCCGGGCGGCAGCAGGUUCAGUGGAAAAGUUACUGCAGAACUCUCUCCCUCCUAGCGUUCCAGAGCUUCGGUGUGGUGUAUGGAGACUUGAGUACAUCGCCUUUGUAUGUCUACAGAAACUCAUUGUCUGGGAGACUGAACGAUUACCUUGAUGAGACAACCAUCUUUGGGUUGUUUUCUCUGGUGUUUUGGACCUUUACACUUAUUCCGUUGCUGAAGUACGUCAUAAUUGUCUUGAGUGCGGAUGAUAAUGGGGAAGGUGGAACCUUUGCUUUGUACUCACUUCUUUGCAGGCAUGCAAAAUUCAGUCUGCUGCCAAACCAGCAAGCCGCAGAUGAAGAGCUGUCAACUUAUUAUCACCCAGGCACUGAUCGAACUGUGGUUUCCUCUCCAUUCAAAAGGUUUCUGGAGAAGCACAGGAAGCUGCGGACCUGCUUACUUCUUUUUGUUCUGUUUGGUGCGUGCAUGGUGAUAGGUGAUGGUGUCCUUACACCAACUAUAUCUGUUUUGUCAGCCAUCUCUGGAUUACAAGAUCCUGCCACAAGUGGACUAGGAGAUGGAUGGAUCGUACUCAUUGCAUGUGUUGUGCUUGUUGGCCUCUUUGCUCUGCAGCACCGAGGUACUCAUAGAGUGGCAUUCUUGUUUGCUCCGAUUGUUGUGUUCUGGCUCUUGAGCAUUGGUAUCAUUGGUCUAUAUAACAUCAUUCACUGGAAUCCUAGAAUAUUUGUUGCUCUUUCUCCACACUAUAUUGUGAAGUUUUUCAAUAGAACUGGAAAGGAUGGUUGGAUAUCUCUUGGCGGAGUACUUCUCGCUAUCACAGGUACUGAGGCUAUGUUUGCUGAUCUUGGCCACUUCUCCGCUGCAUCUAUCAGGUUGGCUUUUGCCGGUGUCAUAUAUCCCUGUCUUGUACUGCAAUACAUGGGACAGGCUGCAUUUCUGUCUAAAAACAUACCAGCUGUACAUAACAGUUUUUAUCUUUCUAUUCCAAGUGCUUUAUUUUGGCCUAUGUUUGUCAUAGCAACUCUUGCUGCAAUUGUGGGCAGCCAAGCUAUUAUAUCUGCAACCUUUUCUAUCGUUAAGCAAUGCCUUGCCUUGGGAUGCUUUCCACGAGUAAAGGUUGUGCAUACAUCAAGGUGGAUCUAUGGCCAGAUUUACAUACCUGAGAUAAAUUGGAUUAUGAUGGUCCUCUGUUUAGCUGCGACACUUGGCUUUCGUGACAUAACAGUGAUAGGAAAUGCUUACGGUCUCGCCUGCAUCACAGUGAUGUUUGUCACCACCUGCCUGAUGUCAUUGGUCAUCAUCUUCGUGUGGCAGAAGAAUCUCCUCAUCUCCUUGCUAUUCCUCGUAUUCUUUGGGGCACUUGAAGCCGCCUACCUGUCUGCAGCAGUGAUGAAGGUUCCCCAGGGAGGCUGGGGUCCGAUCGCGCUGUCCGCCGUGUUCAUGUCCAUCAUGUACGCGUGGCACUACGGCACACGGCGGAAAUACCAGUUCGACCUCCAGAACAAGGUGUCGAUGAAAUGGAUCCUGAACCUGGGGCCGAGCCUGGGCAUCAUGCGCGUGCCCGGGAUCGGCCUCAUCUACACGGAGCUGGUGACGGGCGUGCCGGCCAUCUUCUCGCACUUCGUCACCAACCUGCCGGCGUUCCACCAGGUGCUGGUCUUCGUGUGCGUCAAGUCCGUGCCGGUGCCGUACGUGCCCAUGGACGAGCGGUACCUCAUCGGGCGGAUCGGCCCCAGGGAGUACCGCAUGUACCGGUGCAUCGUCAGGUACGGGUACAAGGACGUGCAGAAGGACGACGAGAACUUCGAGAACCACCUGGUGAUGAGCAUCGCCCGGUUCAUCCAGAUGGAGGCCGAGGAGUCGGCCUCGUCGGCGGGGAGCUACGAGUCGUCGCCGGAGGGCAGGAUGGCGGUCGUGCACACCACCGACACGACGGGGACCGGGCUGGUGGUGAGGGACUCAUCCGUCGACGCAGCAGGCACGUCCCUGCCCCUGACCAGGAGCAGCAAGUCAGAGACGCUCCGGAGCUUGCAGUCCAUCUACGAGCUGGAGUCCGUCGGCGGCGUCAGCCGGCGGCGGAGGGUGCGGUUCCAGAUCGACGAGGAGGAGCGGAUCGACCCGCAGGUGAGGGACGAGCUGUCCGACCUCCUUGAGGCCAAGGAGGCCGGCGUGGCCUACAUCAUCGGCCACUCGUACGUGAAGGCGAGGAAGAACUCCAAUUUCCUCAAGACGUUCGCCAUCAACUACGCCUACUCGUUCCUCCGCAAGAACUGCAGGGGGCCGUCGGUGACGCUGCACAUCCCCCACAUCAGCCUCAUCGAGGUCGGCAUGAUCUACUACGUGUAACCCAGCCGGUGCCAGCAGGCGACCUCAAAGCAGCACAGGAUUUUUGUGAUACUGCUGUUUUGGACCCAGACUUGAGAUAGUUUGUGCUCUGAUUUGCACCGUACGCGUGUAGUGCUUUCAUCGAUUUAGGUGCCUAGCUGGUGGCGUAAAUGUGACAGUAGCAGAAUCGGCCGGUUAGCACCGUUUGUACUCCAGACCAUUUGUAAAUAGAUCGUGUUCAUCAUGGAAAUUGUAAGCAUUAGCUUGACAAGCCUACAGCAUACAGAUUUGAGCAUUCUUUGUCUGUGCGUCAAUUAUAACAUAAUAAAUACGUUUCUCACGAGAAACUGACGCUCGUUUGGAUGGUGGUAUGCUUAUUACACAA